CUGGCUUUUACAGACCAUAUUCGUAGUUCACUUAAGUUGCACUUCUGUUCAAAUAUCAAUAUAUCCUUUCAUAAGCUUUUGCAAGUCUGCAAGUACACAAAUAAUCAGGCUUGUUUGUUUUAGUGUGAACUGUGAAGGUCUUGGUACUUAUUAGUGGAAGCUUUAGUUAAAUAUAAUGUGGAAUCCCAAGUUGUUUGUUUUGGUCGUUACAACCGCGCUUGUGUUUGAAUGCAUUGUGGAGGGGCGGAUUGUACGAAGUGAUCUGGGCCUGAGCCUGGGCGGAAACGGAGGCGUGGGGUUGGGUGUGGGGGCAGGCCUAGGCCUGGGUGGAAGUGGAAGCGGCUCUGGCUCUGGGUCUGGUUCCGGUUCAGGCUCAGGAUCAGGCUCGGGAUCAGGUUCGGGCUCAGGAGCCGUCUCUGGGGCCGGUUCUGGUGCGGGGUCAUAUGCAGGUUCGGGAGCAGGCAGCCAUGGAGGUGGUCAGGGUGGUGGUUCGGGGAGUGGGUACGGUGCAGGCUCUGGUAGUGGGCACGGUGAAGGCGGUGGCAGUGGGUAUGGUUCGGGGUCUGGUUCUGGCAGUGGGUAUGGAAGCGGUUCAGGAAGUGGCUCGGGCUACGAGGCUGGGUCUGGAUCUGGCGCCGGCAAUGGUGGAGGAGGUUACUAAAUUCAUGCCACAGUUUGCAUGUCAUUAGACGUAAAUAAGUCUCCGUGUCGUGUACUGCAUUCUCACUGUGCGGAAGUAUAAAGUAUAUAGAAAUAAUAACCUAUAAUGUUAUCUUAAUGGCAGAUUUCCUUGUGUUAUGUUAUUUCCUCCCUGAGUAUGUUGUCUCCUCUCUUAUAUGCAAAUAUAUAUAACUUGUUUGCUUCAGCUUUUAA